UACUGUAUACGAGCAACCAACAUUCACCUUCAGGGUGGCCAUAGUCAGGAAAAUCUGGGAGACGACCAGAGUCCCUUUCCCAUGUUGUCUUACUUACCACUUACCCCUGAGCCUAUCACGUGCGACUUGCACCGUGCUGAACACUGUCGAUCCUCGACGCGUUACGCGUCUCGCUCAUCAACAUAAUCCUCCAUUCGAUAAGAAGAAAACAUUAUUCCUUUGCGCGUCAUCUUCCAAUUGAGUUCUCAUGUGGUAUUGAUUGAACAUGCCACCGAAAAGAAAAGCGCCUCUGGCCACGUCGGACAACAAUAUUCCCACGAAGAAAGUCGCGAAGGGGAAGAAGAGUGUCACAGCCCAAAGUUCUUCGGUAGCAGGUCCAGCUAAAAAAUAUAAGUUCUCGAAUCCUAGUACUCUUGUUGGCCAAGAACCUGUUGAUGUUAUCACGUUCUUGUGGGGGGACGAUACGUCCGAAGAAGAGACAGAGGACGAAUAUGAAGUUGAAGAUGCAGCGGAACCUGGAUCUUUGCAGUAUAUUCUAGAUGGCAUAGAGAACCAAAGGAGCGCCUUCAUCCAGGAGCUAUUGAACCCGUUACGAAGUAUAAGUCACGAGAUUUAUGCUCCGAAAAAGGCCCAAGCUUCCGAGAAGUAUGACCCACUGGUGAAAGAGGCCCGAGAAAAGUUCGUCGAGGCCGGGACCAUGACAGCCGAGGAAGCUGAGGCAAUUGUGGGCGUAGAUGAUGGUGACAAGAAACAGAAACGGAUAGCAAAGCAGGCCUUGCAAAGAGUUGUGAACAAGGCGGAGAAAGAGAGACUGGCUGCAGUAGAGCUUGUCUUGAAGGGUAUUGAGGGGAAUAAAGCUAUGCUACCCCGAGUUGCACGCGAAUUUGCCGCAGAAGCGUCAAGACCCUGGCUAGAGAAGAUGGAAGAAGCUAGAAAGUACUGGAUGGAAACCACGUAUCCUGCACGGAGAUUGACUACAGAAGAAGCAAAUGCGAUCACUCCGGAUCUGAAAGCGGAAGAGGAGCGUGAAGCCAAGGAACAUAAGAAGGCUGAAGAAGCCCGAGAACGACGAGCAAAAAUCAUUGUUCCCCGAAUCGUUACCGACAAAGGAUUCCCCGUCACCAAAGCAGGCAUAAAAAGGUUUCGCGAGAUGAAUCUGGAGGUGGAUAAGCGGAAUCCGGACCUGCACGACAUGUACAUUUACAAUGAUUUCCUCGGUUAUGGAGUCAAGGAAAUCUUGGAGAACGCCCUUAUCGAAUUCAACAAGAUCAUCUUCAAGCAGGAUAUCUCGCCCACAGAGAAAUGGGCUCUUGUCGAAAGUGUCACUUUGUUUCUGACUAGAGGUGACUCCGACAUGAUCAUGGCUAUCGAUGAUCCCGACUCCGUCGAGGAAGCCUUCGACAUGACAGGCGUCAUGUUCAUCACAGCACUUGAGAUGCUCCACGAGCACAAUCUCAUCGGAACCAAAGCCCCUCUACCCGAUAACUCAGGUGUGAUGACACUCCUAUUCCUUGAAUUCAUGAGAAAUACUGCCGGGGAUUUCGAGCUCCAGUGGGUUCACGAAAUUGUGCGAUCAGCAGAUCUAUAUGGUGUCAACUUGAAUUCAAUUCCACAGAUCGCCAUCGACGAGCUUGUUCUAGAUGAGUACAGAGAUACGUGUGAUUUGGAGAAGAGGGGUAAAGGAUUUGCUUGGAAGACCGAGUUUCCUAAAUUCAAAAGAACACAUCCAGGUGGCCAUGAGUAUGAUAUCACGAAGAUGUCAGAGUUUGAGAAGGCUCAGUAUUCAUUUGGUAACGGAGACGAUUCGGACUAGGGGAUCUGUCAUAAUCUCAUUCAGGAUAUCUGGGUUUUUGAACCCAAUCUAUUGGGUAUACUAUCUAGUUUGGCUUUCUAUUCCCUCUACAAGCAACGAUCAGGUGCAUCAUAAAAGUGUUUG